ACAUAAACAGACAGACAGGUGACCACUCGAUGACGAUUCGGUCUCAUUCGGCCCGUCGGACGUUGGCCGUGCGGAUCGAGAUGCGGCUGAAGGACUGCUUUCGGAGACCGUCGGAUGAAAUUUUGCGCAGAAAGCAGCUCGAGAAACGGCUCACGCAAAACAGCAUCAAGUUUAACAAUGCCGUUAAGAUACUGCUGCUUGGGGCUGGAGAAUCGGGCAAAACGACCAUCAUCAAGCAGAUGAAGAUUCUGCACGUGCAGAAUGGGUUCAGUUUCGAUGAACGUUUGGACAAGAUUCACGACAUCGUGGAAAAUAUUCACGAAUCGAUAUGGACGCUGGUUGAACACGUGGCACACAUGAAUCUGAAGUAUGACUCAAAGAAAAAUGAGUCGUACGCGAAAGAGCUACGCAAGCUAGGUUAUCGAGCCCCGUGGUACAUGACCAUGGAAUACGUGAAGAUGGUACGAGCUCUGUGGUCGGACAGUGCAGUCAAAACCUGUUUCAAGCGAUCCAACGAAUUCCAGCUAAUUGAUAGUGCAAAAUACUUUCUAGACAGAAUCGAGAAGAUUUCAAUGCCAGGAUACAUUCCAUCCAAUUCGGACAUUCUGAACUGCCGGAAAACCACAACCGAAAUUCAGGAAAUCAGCUUCAACAUUCAAAUGCCACGAGCUCUCGGCGGUGGAGGCUGUCAGGAGUUCCGAAUGAUCGACGUUGGAGGGCAGCGCAGCUACCGGAGCAAGUGGAUGCAAGUGUUCGAAGGCAUCGAUGCCGUUCUGUUUAUGAUCUCCUGCGGAAGUUUCGAUCAGACGUUGCGCGAGGAUUGCUCGCAGAAUCGUCUCGCGGAAGCGUUGGAGCUGUUCCGCGGGGUUUGGCAGAACCGAUUUCUCGCCGAAACGGGACUGAUUGUGUUUCUCAACAAGCAGGACAUUUUGGAGCAGAAAAUUCUCGCAGGAAAAUCGAUCGGAAAGUAUUUUCCCGAGUAUAAAGACUACGUGGCGGAAGACGCCGUGGAUGAUGCGGGAAUGUGCAACGAAUUUGCUCGAACGAGAUGUUUCAUUAAAUCGAAAUUAGUGGAUAUCACCAACGAACCUCUCCGAAGGACAUCCCACAUGACACCGAGGAAACGGUCAUGUUACUAUCAUUUUACAAUCGCCACGGACACCAACAACGUCAGGAUUGUGUUCAGUGAUGUUCAUAACAUUAUUUUAGCAAGAAAUUUAGAAGAAAUCGAUCUGCACUAAUUAAAUAUAUAUUUGGCCUUUUUGGUAAAAAACUUUGGUUC